UUUAUCCCUGCCGCCGCCGCAUUAUCUCCCACCUCGGGAUCCUCCCCAAAUCCAAAAAUCCCCCCUCGAUUUUCCAACCGGACCAUCCCCCUCGUCGCCGCCAAAUUCCACCCGCAGGCAGCCAGCCACAACCUCCUCCCGAUCCAUCCACCAUGGCCAUCGCCCCACUUCCUCAAGACCAGACGCUGCUGAUCUGCAUCCAUGCCGCCUCCCGCCGUCGACCGCAAGCCAAGGCACCUCCCCGUGCUCCUCCACCUCGCCUCGUCGGCCGGCAACCGACAGGAGCCCAACCCCGGCGUCCGCGUCGCCAUGCCGCCGCCUUGCUCCGCCCUCGUCGAUGAACAGCACCAGCAGGGAGACAAUCGCAGCCGCCCUGGACCUCCACUGAACCGCGAGCAGUCACCGUCCUCGCCCAGGACCCGGCCAGAUCCCACCUUUCCCGGUCCUCCCCGUCGCCGGGAGCUUGCGCCAAGUCCGUCGUCGUCCUCUGCUCGGGAACGAGCUCGAUGCGCCUCUGCUCACCCGCGUGGAACGACUGGCCGCUGGAUCACCCCCGCGCCCGUUCCUGACCAUCUUCGCUCCGUCCGGGCGCCUCCUGCCGUCCUUGUCGUCAAGAGACUGCUGCAUCUCGAACCCCACCCCGCGCCAUGGCUACAUCUCCCGCAGCAGCCAGUCGCCGCUGCAACCAUCAUGGCGCUCGGCCUCGUGCAGCUUCGGGGCCAGUGCCGCCGCCUAGAGCUUCUCCGCUGGAGUCCCCUUCGUCUCGUCCGCGUCGCUGGUGCCCCGCCAAGUCCCUUAAGCCGCUGCCAAGUCCCGCGGAUGCGGCCUCCUGCACCGCCGGUGUCCUCUGCAUCGAAGCAGUUGCAGAGGAGGACGAGCGUCUCGAUCCCUGUAUCGCUAGCGCGUUGACCGCGCCCUGCUUCUCGAGUAGCCAGGGCCCAGCGGCAGCGCCCCUCCUGCAGCCUCCCUCCCAAUCGGGCCAAGGCCCAUGGUGAGGCAAACCCCCCCAGCGCCUCCUUUUUUUUCCCUCCUUACUUUGGCCUGGCUAGAUUCGGCCCGCUUACAUUUUUUUCCAGAUCGGUGAAUUUGUAUUUUAACCAGGGUUUUGCAGUUUUACAGAAAACUCCUUGCACAA